ACUGUCACAAUUUGUAGGUUAUGAAAACAUCCUUAAAUUGAUCUAUGCUUAAAAUGCCUUUUGUUAUUGUUUCAAGUGAACGGGGUUUUUGCUUUAAGUGAUUAUAGGAAAAUCUUCAAUUUAAUUAAGAGGUGUUUCUCGAUUUAUUAAGGAUAAAAUGAAGAACCAAAAUCACCCCGUGGAAGCACCUCCACUUGAAAGCCCUGCAUCAAAUCCUUCAAACUAUGACGCAUCCAAAGAUACUCCUGUUAAAGAAACAACUCAAUCUUCUCCGGGGUUAGUUAAACCUUUAGCAACAUUCUUCAUGGCAUUUGCGACUGUCAUGACUGUUCUUAUCGUGUACAUGGAUAACACAGCGAUGAAGCAUUAUCAAUUUCGGAUGAACCUCAGCCAAGAUUUCGACUUUUUGAGUGUUACACAGGAUAAUCCCCAGUUAGUGACUUAUAUAAAGGAGGUGUUUUUGGGACCGGCUGUAGAGCCCCAUCACAAGCCUCUUGAAUAUUUAGCAGAGGAGCCCAGUGAAGAAAUAGUUUUUGUUUUGAAACUUUUGAAUAAUAAGGUGAAUGGUUAUUUCGUAGAGGCUGGAGCUUAUAAUGAUGGAAAAACAUCGAAAACCGAAUGGUUGGAAAAAAAAUUAUUGUGGAAAGGAUUGUUGAUUCAGCCAGAUCCAAGACAUUUUUUUAAUCUUCGUAGACACAACAGAUUGAGAUCACAAGCAGCGCAUGCAUGCCUCAGUCCAAUGCCUUAUCCCAAAGAGGUAACACUCCAUCAUGACCACGAUGGUGUCAGAAUCAACACUGCUCUUUCCAAUAACCUCAUCGGGGAACCAGAGUGGUUCAAUACCAGAGUAAAAUGUUUUCCUUUGUAUUCUCUUUUACUAGCUGUAAACACUACCACUGUUGAUUACUUCAGCCUGGAGUCCCCAGGAACUGAACUGCAGAUUCUGGAAACUAUACCAUUUGAUCAAGUGAACAUCAAAAUCAUAUCGGUCCACUUAGAAAUGGAUCAAAUGAAAAUGAAAGUGAUCAAACAGUUCUUGAAAAUGAAGAAUUAUUCUUUGAUGAAACGAUUCAACGAUUCGUACAUUUAUCAGAUUCAGUGAAACCUUUUUUUAGAUUCAACUGAUUGUUGGAAAAAAGACUGAUAGCAGCACAAACCAUUUUUGUGUUUCAAAUCUCAUCAUUCCAUUAAUUUUGUUAAGUUAUUUAUUGCACUGCCUUUGAAAGCCAGAGAUUUCUUGUUUUGUUAAGUCUGAUCUCAGUAAGUUCUACAUUGAUUAAACAGUAAUAGUGUUCAAUAAUGUUUUUCAAGAAAAUCCUAGGAUUUUUGAGGUACAUCCAGUGAAAGCCGCUUUGAGUGCCAAUUUGUGAUUUUUUUGGUAAGUCUCAAGUUUAUCUUGGUCAAGUUAUUAACUUGACAACUACUUCAUUUUAAAUCUGUUAAUCAAAAAUAUCGUUAAUUGUUUGUCUAUUAGUAUAAGCAAUCCUCAACCAACAUUUUAUCCUCCAUUUGAAGAAACCCGCUAUUCUUAUUUGAAAGAAUUUCAGUAUCUACAAUGUCAAAUUCUAUAAAUACUUCUUUUGAAGCAGAUUCAUAGCUGUUCUGAUUUCCUAAAAAAAAUGUCAAUUAUGUUAACUUUUCAUGUAACAUGAAAUUUUUGAAAGUUUAAUCCCCAGUUUCACAAAGCUUCGUUGAUUCCGGUGACUGAAUAACGAAUUGUAUUUUUUGCUCGUCUUACAGGGUGUUUCAUAAACAUUGCGAACAAAUUCAGAGAUAUUAAUUCAUACGUUAUUUGGAGUCGGCAAGUUGCAGGAGCAUAUUUUCUAAAUAAACGUCGAUGUUCGGCAAUUGGACUCUUAUAUCCGUACCGCAGGCGGCCACUUCAACAAUUCUUGUGAUUUGAAGGUCUUUUUGCUGUAAUAAAAUUUAUUGUUCAAUCUUCUCCGGAAUUAUUUUGAAUAACAAACCGUUCUCAAUUUUUUAAUCCAAUGUGGUGGAUCCUAGAAAAAACGCAGACUCUUAUGGUUCUAAAUCGAAUGAGAAUUGUAGAAAUGAAUUUAUUUUUGAAAAAUGCACAAAUACAAUUUUUUUCUUCCAAAAUACGAAAAUCAAUGCCAGUACGCACGCCACUGUAGUUGCUGAAGACGAGGUAUUCAACGUGAAAUAAUCACCUCAAAGUGUCAUCCAUUUUUACCAAAUCUCGUUCAAAUAUAUAAAGCCGUUUCGAAAAUAUGGAAGAAUUUCUUGACCAAGGCCUUAAGGACCUUUCUGACUCCACAUUACUCAGGGGAACAAUAUCCUGAAUUUGUUCGCAAUUUUAUGUACCACCCUGUAUACUCAGACCAAAAAUAUCAAAUACGUGACGAAUAUAUAACAAUUGCCUUACGCAUGAAUCAGGAAAAGUCCUUCAGAUUUGUGACUGAAUCGUUGGAAUAUAUUGGGAAAAUCUAUUAUUAUGGCUGAAAAAUAAUGCAGCACUGCAUACUGCAUUAGUGGUUACACAUGCCACAAAUCAAUUAGAUAGCAUUUCACACAUGUUGUUGCCUUUUCCAGAAGUACAGAAAUAUCGAAUUUUGUUCAGUUGUCAUCAGAGACAACUUAUCUCUGGUCGUCGUAUUAUUUUCCACUUCAACAUGUAAAUUUUUCCUUAAUACUCGUGAUUGUGAUGUAUCCUAAAAUAUACAACAAAGGAUCAAUUGAAGAUAUUUCCGCUGUCAUAUAUCGAAGAAAUAGUUCAUCAAAUUAGUGCCUUUUUAAGAAUAUUAGUAUUGUAAUUUUCACUUGUUAUAGGCAUUCCUAUAUUUGUAUAACUUUUUUAAUUGGUAUUUACUUUUUAUACUAAAGCGUAUAUUUGUAUUCGACGGGACUUGAGCCUCCCUUUAUGUUAAGUUGCGAUGUCUUUUGUACUUAUUUUCAUCACAUUACACUUAUACUUUAA